ACCCAGCUCUUGUGCCCUGUAGCAUGGCUUCGGCGUCAUCCGGCUGCGGGGCCGGGCUGCUACGUUUUCUGCGUCUAGUCGGGCAGCUCAAGAGAGUCCCACGGACUGGCUGGGUAUACAGAAAUGUCGACAAGCCAGAGAGCGUGUCAGAUCACAUGUACCGGAUGGCAGUUAUGGCUAUGGUGACCAGAGAUGACAGUCUUAACAAGGAUAGAUGUAUACGCCUAGCCCUGGUUCACGACAUGGCAGAAUGCAUCGUCGGGGACAUAGCACCUGCAGAUAACAUCCCUAAGGAAGAGAAGCACCGAAGAGAGGAGGAGGCUAUGAAACAGAUAACCCAGCUGCUGCCAGAGGACCUCAGAAAGGAGCUGUAUGAACUCUGGGAAGAGUAUGAGACCCAAUCUAGUGAAGAAGCCAGAUUCGUGAAGCAGCUGGACCAGUGUGAAAUGAUCCUUCAGGCAUCAGAAUAUGAAGACAUGGAGAAUAAGCCCGGGAGGCUUCAAGACUUUUAUGAUUCCACGGCAGGAAAAUUCAGUCACCCUGAGAUAGUCCAGCUUGUUUCUGAGCUGGAGGCAGAGAGAAAUGCCAGCAUGGCCAGAGCCUUGGCAGAGCCGGGCUCCUGAUGGACACAGCCUCGGAGUAGCCGGGCUCCUGAGCUCACCUCGCUACUCCACAGUGUUGCUUUCUUUCUGUGUUUCCUGGGGGUCUCCUCAAGAUGAGAGGCUGUUUUCCGUUGUCUGCACUUGAACAAGAAACGUGAUGUAAUCCAGGCCCUAAAAGAAGCCACCAAACCGGAAGUGGUCAGGAAGAUGCCAUGGAUGAAGACUGGAGAGGAGAAUGCCUUUUUGUGUGAAUUAAAAAAAAAAAAAAAAAAAAAAAAAA